ACACAUGACUUUGAUGAAUUAAGUCACAACUGUAAACAUUCAGAGGGUGCUGGAGUGAUGUGUCUAAGUUGCAUUGAUGGAUCCAUUCGUCUUGUUGGUGGUACAAACAGCAAGGAGGGACGUGUUGAGGUAUGCAGUGGUGGAGUGUGGGGUACAGUCUGUGAUGACUUCUGGGACAACACUGAUGCUAGUGUUGUAUGUAAACAGUUGGGAUAUUAUUCUGGAACUGCCUUUGGUAGUGCCUACUUUGGACAAGGAACUGGAUCAAUUGUGAUGGAUAAUGUUCAUUGCAAUGGAACUGAAUCUCACCUUAAAAAUUGUACCCACAUCACAGAACAAAACUGUAAUCAUAAUGAAGAUGCAGGAGUCAAAUGUGUUUUAUGUGCUGAUGAAUCAAUUCGUCUUGUCAAUGGUUCACAUGAUUGGGAAGGAAGAGUGGAAGUGUGUAUUAGUAGAUUAUGGGGCACUGUCUGUGAUAAUAACUGGGACUCCACUGAUGCAGCAGUAGUGUGUAGACAACUAGGCUGGGGAACAAGUGGAACUGCUCUAUUAAAUGCUUACUUUGGUCAGGGUGAUGGUAGUAUAAAUGGAUCAGUUGUGAUAGAUCAUGUUGAUUGUAUUGGAAGUGAAUCUUACCUUACUAACUGCACACAUACCACAGAACACAACUGUAAUGAUAAGGAAGUUGCAGGAGUCAGAUGUUCCUUUAUCAAUGUAUCUGCUAAUCCAGCUUCAAAUCAGUUAUCGUCUAUUGUGGUACCAGUGGCAAUAACUGUUUUAUUGAUGUUGCUGGUAGUGUUUGCAGUAGGAUUAUUUGUUGCUUGCUUCAUUAUUAAGAAGAGAAGGAAUCUUAAGCAGCUGACUGGGAGAACUGAAUCUAAUUCCUCUUUUUUUUUGAAAAGCAACAAAGAAAAUAUCUGCGCUUCUAGUUCUAACAGAAAAGUUGAGAUUUCAUCUGAAAAAAAUUAA